AUGACGUAGUACUUGUAGAUAAACGAACGCUGUUUUCGAGCGCAUCAAGGUUUGAAACGUAUUACGGCUGCGAUAUUCAUGUGAUGUAGCAAGAUGACUGUGGAAAGUAAUUUAAUAUGACAGUUUGAUCAAGAAAUUUGUGAAGGAAAACAGCCGAGGGCGAUAAUGUUUGACAGCCUUCGUGAUAAGUUCCAAACAGUUCAAGAAGGAAUUACCGCAAGUUUCAGAGGUUUGUCAGUAGGUGAGUCUCCACAAAGGUUACAGGUUAGUAGCAGUGCCGUAAAUUACAAUGCUGGAGCAGAUGUGUUACAUAAAUAUCAGUCUCAAUGGAGUGAACUGCAUAAGCUGACUGAAGAAAAUGCAGUAAAAGCACAGGAAGUGGACAAUGCAAUAGGCUGUCUUCAUCAGAAGUUUGAGAAGCAGUGGAGUGAUGUGAGUCACAUGGCAUCAACUUUAGCAGCUGUUCCUCAGCUCCUUACAAGCGUGCAGCAGUUAAUGGAACAGAUAGGAGCUUUACAAGGGUUGUUUGAAGAUGUAGAAGGAGCCUUAUUUCAAUUGGAGGAUAUGGUAGAGACGCAAGAGUUGCAGGAGAGACAACUUGAUCAUAGGUUUCAGUUUGCAUUGUACAAAGAGAAGAAGCUUAGUGAAUUGGAAGCUGUGAGAGUAAGUUUGGCAUCAGAGCAUGCAGAUAAAGUGGUUCAGCAUGAACUUCGGCAGCAGAAAUUACUGAGAGAAAGACAAGAUGCUUUCGGACAAGCUUUCCAGCAGGAUGUACAAGAGUUCAAACUCUCCGGCUCAUUGCCUAAGAUGGAAAAUAUUGGUGUUGCUAGGGGUCCUGCAUUAGAAGAAGUAACAUUGGAACCAGCAGACCCAGAGGAACUUGAUAAGUUUCUGAAUGAUGACAGCAGUGAACAAAAGUCUAGAAGAGACAGCUGUUUAAAUAUGGAGAAUCCAAUGAAUUAACCAAGUGUCUCAUGAAUGCAUUAUUCAAAAUGUUGAGACUCUAAUUUUUAUCAUUAUAUAAAAUUAUAUGCAAAUUACUGUUUCACUCUUGUAUUUCAGAAGUUUUUAGUAAUAAAUAUUAGCCCCAGA